UUCAACUUACUCGAUUCAAUCAUAAAUUUCCCAACAGUAAAACGAAUGAGGCAAACAAGAAAAAGUUAAAAAAUUUGUUUUAUUGAUUGAUUUUUAAAUUUGUUUACAAGAAUCCGAAUCCAGCAGGAGCGCCUCCCUGUCGAUCUGAAAGAAGAAAAGCAAAGAAAGUCGUUUAACCUUACAAUUAAGUUAAGGUUUAGGGUUAAGCUUGUGCGUGAUUUUGUUUGUUGAAUUCAAGGUUCCUUUUUGACAGGGACAGGAGGUGGAUCUGUGUCUAUUCUCCAAGAAUUUCAUUUCUUUCCCCACUCCCAUCUCCAUGCCCAUGUCAAUAAUCGAUUGAUUCCUUGAAACCAUAUCACAUCAUAUCUAUACUUGUUUGGUUUAAGAAUGGGUACGGAGAAGAAGAAAGAGAAGGCGUCGAACUCGAAUUGCGGCGGUGAUGGUGAUGGCUCGGCGGUUGUGUUGAAUGUGUACGAUCUGACUCCUAUCAACAAUUACAUGUAUUGGUUUGGACUUGGAAUCUUCCACUCUGGCAUUCAAGUGCAUGGUAAGGAGUAUGGAUUUGGAGCCCAUGACUUCCCAGCUAGUGGAGUCUUUGAAGUGGAGCCACGGAAUUGUCCUGGAUUUAUAUAUAGAACUUCGAUCACUUUGGGCCAUACAAAUAUGAAUUCUUCUGAUUUCCGGACAUUUAUUGAGAAUAUGGCCUGUGAGUAUCAUGGGGAUACUUAUCACCUUAUCUCUAAGAAUUGUAACCAUUUUACGGAUGAUGUUUCGUUGAGAUUAAUUGGAAAACCAAUCCCAGGUUGGGUGAAUCGGCUUGCCAAGCUAGGUGCUUUGUGCAGUUGUCUACUUCCUGAAAGUCUUCAAGUAACUAGUGUUAAACAGCUACCUGAAUACCAUGAAUGCUCAGAUGACGAAUUCGUUGAAUCCCUCUCAACGGCAACACCCCGUGAGUCAACAGAAAUAGAUGAUGAACCAGAAAAGCACCUUCUGUCACCAUCAUCUAGAACUGAGGAUGUUACUUUCAUUAAAGAGACCCCAGUAAAGUGAAUAUGUUGUGUUUGAGGUGAGAAACUGCCUGGUUAAUACAGGAUGUGCUCCCUUGAAUAGUUAUCCAUUUGAUUUGCAGUGAUUCUUUUCUCACAAUGUUCUCACUCUUCCAUUGUUUUCUGCAUUCUAGUUGGUUCAUUUAUCAUAGCUAAAGAAUCCAAGCUACAUAGUGCUAUGUUGCAUUUUGUGUAUAAAAAAGGUUUUUGUGUGAGGCUUAUUUGUGUUUCAUUUUCCCCCCUUUUUUAUUUUAUUUUUAUUUUAUUUUUUUAGUUGGAAAAUGGGGUGGGGGAUUAUUGGGGCUUUGAAGUAUGUAAUGUAAAUGAAUUCCACUUUUGGGAACUGUAUGAUUUAUGGAAUAUUGUUUUUCUAAGUAGAUAAGCCACUUUGAUUGAUUGAUUUUUGUGACAAA